AUGGCCUUUCUAAUGAAAAGUAUGUUGAGCAACCAGGUAAAGAAUUUGGGACUUGGAGGUGGAGGGGAAGAAAAAAAAGAAGAAAAUGCUCCUUCUGAUCCAGCAGCAGCUGCAGGAAUGACCAGAGAGGAGUAUGAGGAAUAUCAAAAGCAAAUGGUUGAGGAGAAGAUGGAAAGAGAUGCAGCAUUUGUACAGAAAAAAGCAGAGCGAGCCUGUCUGAGGGUUCAUCUGAGAGAAAAGUACAGACUCCCUAAGAGUGAAUUGGAUGAGAAUCAAAUACAGAUGGCUGGAGAUGAUGUGGAUUUGCCAGAAGACCUUCAGAAGAUGGUGGCAGAAGAUCAGGUGGAGGAAGAGGACAAGGACUCUAUCCUGGCACAGCUGCAGAACAUCCAGAAUAUGGACGUGGAUGCCAUCAAAGAAAAGGCACAAGCCACCUUCACCGAAAUUAAACAGGCUGCUGAGCAGAAAUGUUCUGUGAUGUAA